CAAGGCCAAUACACAGUCAAGCAUCUCUUUCUUGUUCUCUUUCUGCAGUUUUCAACAAAGAAAUGAAGAAAAUCAUGGGUUUGUCUUGGUAUCUUGGGGUUGUUGGAUUAGUGGUUUUGGUUUCGACUGCAAGCUCCGUGCAUGGAAUGACAUGCCAGCAAGCCCUAACGGAAUUGAUCCCUUGCCGGCCUUUCCUGAUCGCUACGGCACCCUCACCCACUGCUCCUUGCUGCACAGGUGUGUCUGACGUGAAGGCUGCAGCUAGCACCACUGAAGCACGCAGGGACCUGUGCGAAUGCUUUGAAAAGAAUGCCCCGGGCUAUGGGGUCAAACCUGAGAAAGCUAAGCUGCUUCCUGGGUUGUGUGGUGUCACCGUUCCCGUGCCCAUCGACCCCUCUGUCAACUGCACGACCAUCACAUAGGCAAAGGAAGUGCACAGAGGAGAUGGAGCUGUGCUGCUGCCAACAAGAAUAAAAACCUGAGGAGCAGCAAUAACUUCAAACAAGAGUUCCUAUGGAGUGGGAAAAUUUAAUUAUCUUCUUGUCUGUCAUAUGAUUUGUAUGAACAAGAAAAUUUAUGAAUCCAAGUGUUUGAUCCUUUCUUGAA